UGGGCUGCCUUGGCCCUCGAGAAAACAAGCGGAGCCGCAGACGUCAUCGUGGCCAGGAAGGGGCUUGGCGGUCUCUCGACCCCCGGCUCCCACCCGAGCGCCCGCUUCCGUUCAUGGCCGGCAACUGGGCAGAAGCAAUCAAGCUGGGCCUUGCCAGGUUCUGAGGUCACCUUCCCCUCCCUCCCACUCCAUCACCUGCUUUUUGCCAAAAACAUCACCAGUCUCUCCGACCCACGAUAAAUACCAUCAUCACGAGCCACGACCGUUUUCUUUUUCUACUCGUUUGUCACUUGACACUGCAACUCACCACUUCUCUUUGUACCGCAUUAUUACUGCUGCAACACCCAUUUCUCCCAUCCACCACAACUUCACAAACAGCCAACACAAUGUCGUACGCCGAAGUCGCAUCCAAAGGCCCCAAGCAGACUCCUGAGGAGGCUGCUGCCCCUCAACCACCCCAAGUCGUAGUCGAUGACUCCACCUCCACCUCCUCCCUUAUCGACGUUGACACCCCCUCUGUCCGCACCGUCCCCUCCGAUUUCGCCGAGCAAGAAGUCAAGACCGACACGCAGGCUGCCCGGAUCGAGCGGGAGGAGGCUGAGAAGAAGGCCCGAGCCAAGGCCGAAGCCCUUCGCGCCGAAGCUGACCUCGCUAAGAAGAAGGCCAAGAGCAAGGCAAAGAAGGCGGACACCUGGUUGACGAAGCGGUUCGAGAAUAUGGGCGAUGGUCCCGCGGGCGCGUUGGCUGUGGCGAAUCUGAUUGCCGUUAUUGGGUUGAGCGGGUGGUUGGGCUUCAAGGCUUGGAACUCGUAUGAGCGCGGCAGACUGAGCUGGAAGGAUGUCGGUCUCGGGCUGGGUCUGAUCGGUGCUGUUGGGGCUGUCGAGGGUGCCUUCACCAACUAUCUCUACAAGGCCAAGGGGAAGGGCAAGGAGCAAUAAGCGACUACGUGGAGGGCGGUGGUUCGAUGAGGCGAUAUUGAGGCGGAUGUCGGUAAUUGGGCAUCAAAAAGUGGGAAGAACGGUUCAAAGGCGGGGUCGAACAUUCAGCUCCCGUCCAAACCACACUGAAUAACUUUUCCAGGCGGUUUUCAUUUGGCUUUUUUUUUUGUCACAGGCAUGGGUUACGACAGGACAUGGCAUAUGGAUUCUGUAUCUCCUCUCAGCUGUUCUUUUCUUGUCUCUGGUCAGGCUUUCACGGGGUCAAUUGAAUGCUUUCUCAUC